CAACUAAAACCCUCUUUGGUUCCAUUGAACAGAGAGCAAAACAAUGGCGCUCUCUCAUCUUCUUCGACCGAAAUCAGUCUUAAAAAUUGACAGAUACGGAUUUCCAAAACCCAUAAGAUGGUUCUCUUCCCAAUCUUCUGAUAUUGAGCUUGGGAAGUCAUCAAAAUUGAAGAAAACGUUUAUGCCAAGGGAAGAAAGGGCUGUGGCUGCAGAGUCUUUUGUAAAGAGGUACAUGGAAACAAAUCAAGGAGUCUUUCCCAAGGCAAGCCAUAUUCAAAAUGAGGUGGGUGGAUCAUGGCACACUGUGAAAGCAAUUCUUUGCAACAUAAAAGAUAAGAUACUCAGAACUCCUGUAUCGGAUAAUCACUACGUUAUUGAUGCUUCAGCUACUGCAGAAGAGACUGCAUCUUCUGCAUUCGUGACCUAUCAUUCUCUAGUUCAUGACCAUUCUGGCUCUGUAGUCAACACAGACCAGGUGCUACAACCUCAGGAUAAAGAUGUAAGUUUUGGACAUUCUACAACAGCGGCAGCAGUGGAUGCUUCUUCUGCUUUGAUAGUUGAACCAACAGCCUCAGAUGCUACUAAUAUGCAUAAAACUUCUGGUUCAUGUGAGCUUCAAACAACAUCUACUGUUCAGUGUACAAAUUCUGGAUUAGACAUUCAUGCAAGUCAGACAGAUGCAUCAGAAAAAGUUGACGUUCGCUUAAGUAUGAAAUACAAUUCUGAGAGCAUGGUUCAACCGAAUGCUGUUACAGAUAAUUCACAGCUUGAGUUGGAUAGCCUAUGCAUACAACCUAAAGAAUCAGUCUCAAACAUGUCUGAAACUUCAGAUAAUGGUCAUGUUUCAAGUUCUGAGAAGUUGUCUCACUUUGAACAUGAUAAAAUGAAUUCGACUGGCUGUCACAAGUGGCAAGAGAAUAAAACAAUGAGUUGUGUCCCAUCUCCAAAUUCGAGUGUUGAAAUCAGUCCGAAGUCUACUUUACCUGAUAAUUCACAGAAGGUCGGCAGCCUAGCAGAUAUCUUUAAGAAGUUUAAAGAUGAUGCAUCAGUUGCUGAUGCCAAGAAUGGAAAAUUGGAAUCUAAGGCAUCACUCUCUAGCACACUUCUUAGUCAUGGAAAAGAUAGCAAUUCACAAGUUGAUGCCAAGAAUGGAAAAUUGGAAUCUAAGGCAUCACUCUCUAGCAUACUUCUUAGUCAUACAAAAGAUAGCAAUUCACAGCUUGAGAGUCUGUUCUCUUCUGAUAUUCUACUGCCAAGUAAAUCCAUUAAUAAAUGCCAGGAUUUUCGUACAAAUAAGUUGGUUUCUGGUGGAUCUGAAAAUCAAAGACCUGAAGGGGAAAUGAUUGGAUCCAGCGUGACACAAACUGUUAUUCCCAAUAUGGCUGAAUCGUUCACUGGUUCUGGGAACUUUAUGGGUUUUGGAGGCACGAAAAGAGUGAAUAACCGAGUAUCAGAGUUCAUUACCAACAAAAAGAAAGAUAUUUCUAUGCGCACUCUCUUUGAGCAUUUAGAAGUGCCUGCACGGAAGAAUGAUACCACAAGAUCUGAGAUAAAGGAAUUAGUUGAGAGGAUCAAGGGGCUUGCAGGAGAGCCAUCCAUUUUAAGACAAAAGGAUAAUGUUUCUUCUUGUAAGACAGAUGAAAAUAGUCAGAAGAGCCAAUUGGGGUUUCAGUCACUGGCUAGUUUCAACAAUUGUGACAAGAAAGAAAGAAAGAUGUCAUCAGAUUGCCAUGCUGAUCAUAGAACAAGCAAGAAUGACGACCCACUUAUGGUACUACCUGUAGGUUCAAGGACUCAGGAUGAUGCAGGAAAUAGUACAGGUUGCAGCAAGCAAAGAGGACAUACACAAUUUGCUGUUCUGAUGGACAAAAAGGAGUUAAAGGAAAUACAGAAUAAAUUCUUGGUAAUGGAAGAGCUAGGUCAAAACAAGGCAGUAGUGAAGUUCCUGUCAACAGAUGUGCAAGAGAAUAAUAUAGUUAAGGCCUUCCAGCAUUGUGGUGAUAUCUUGAAGGUUGAAAUUUGGUCCUCUGAAGAGGAUUUCUAUAGGUCUGCUACCAUCUAUUUUAAGACAAGAGAAGGGUUGCGAAAUGCUCUUGAAGAAACUGACAUAAUGGUGACAAAUCGGAAUGUCACUGUGGAAGCUGCUGCUUCUGUGGAAGACAAAUCAUACAGAACCUCCAUCCCUAGUUUGAUUGGUGACCCAGAUGUCCCUGCAGGCUUGGUGAAGAAUCCAACGAGGACUGUUAAGAUAACACAGUUGACCUGCGAUAUUAGCUCAGAUGAUGUAAUUGCAGCUCUGACAUCCUGUGGGAGCAAAGUUACUGGCUUCUUCUUAGGUGCACUUGAUUCUGUAGCUUUUGUGGAAUUUGAGACAGAAGAUGGCAAAGAAAUAGCUCUUGCAAAACAUUCUCUUGAUGUACUGGGGAAGCGAUUACAAAUUUCUCGAAUUGAUGCACCAAGAACGACGGUUGUAAGAGUUUUGUACAACCAGAGUGUAAAAGGAAGCAAGAUUAUUCAAGUGUGCAAUUCUCUCGGGAAAACCAGGUUUGUCCGUAUGAGAAGCCCAGGCAUCAUGGAUAUACACUUCAAGCUUGCAGAGUGGCCAAAUAUGUUAAAGAUCCUAAACAGACUUAAUGCAGUUGCAAUAGGUGGUCAAACAUUGCUAGCUCAGCCUGCAAGUGUCUUCCCUCCGGAUAUCCUUCAAAUUCUAUGGAGCCAUCCGGAGGAAAGAAAGCAUGUAAAGACUCUGGUGCAAAAGCUGCUGCAAGAACUGGGGGAGAAUGUAGUACAUAAAGUUGGGCUUACUGAUCUUGCAGACUUCUAUUGAGAUGGAUGAUUAAGAGUAUCCUUACUGGGUUCUUGAUUUUAAAGAUGUUCACGUUCUCGACAAGUUAAAACUUUUUGGGAUCAAGAGUAACUGAUGAGCAACUGAAUUUCCGUAGUACAGUUUAGAUGCAGGUAAAAUUUUGUAGUACAGGGUUAUCAAGAACAUGAUAUUACCACCACUCCUACAAUGUCUCAACCGUAAUUAGAGCUUUUCUGUGGCAAUCUUUUUAGUGUUAUUUAGCGCAUACGAUUUAGA